CUGUCACUGAGACGCGGCUGAUUUUUUUAAUCUUGACGCACGAGAGACGCUCACAGUAACAAAGACACGAAAUAACAAUCUACGGUGCCUUCAAAGGAAUUAACACAGAGGGAAGGAUUUUCAUUUUAAAAGCUGUAUCUAUCGUCUUCAUUACCAGAAGGGAAAAUAUGAAGUUUUUAACUAUUUUGCGUCUUUUCGUCUUUACCAUCGUGUCUGUCACAUCGGUGAGCGGUGCGUCUAUAGAGCGGUUCGAGAGCGAGAGGCCUGCACAGACAGCUGUGAUUAACCUUUUGGAGGCACUGAGUGAGAAGAGAUCUACUGUGGACAACAAGCAAGUGGAAUAUGAGGAGGAAGACGAGUAUUACUAUGAUGACGAAGAGGAGGAUGAGUUUUCAGGGGACUACGAAGUGCCACUUGUGGCUUUUUCAAGCAAACCCAAAGACCCGAGUGCAGUUUUGAAUGCGGAGAAACUUGAAGGCUCGAAGAGGAAGGGGCUCGGAAGGAAGAAGGCCAAAGGAAAGGGAAAAGGCAAGAAAAGGAAUCCGUGUCUAAAAAAGUACAAGAACUUUUGUAUUCACGGAACCUGCCAGUAUCUCAAGAACUUAAAGGGGGCCUCAUGCAGAUGUGACCAGGGCUAUUCGGGAGAGAGAUGUCACCUUUUCUCCCUGGAAGUAAAGCAGAAUGAGAGAGGGUAUAACCCCACUACAGCACUUGCUGUGGUGGCCGUGGUUCUCUCUUCAUUGUGUCUCACCAUCAUUGGACUUUUACUGGCACUCAGGUUUCACAAGCAAGGUGCAUAUAAUGUGGAAAAUGAGGAGAAAAUUAAACUGGGAGCCGCCCCACACCACUAAACGAGACUGGAGAGAACGGUGAGUGAGGGCAGCCAUGUGGAAAUUCUACCUCAAAAUGAAGUGGCAAAGUUGAAUGUUGGGCAGAGCAUGCUGGAGAGGAGGAUAGAGUGACGGCAUUUGUUUGGCAGGAGUCGUGGCGCCUCCGUGAAGGGGCCCUGACUCACAAACGACUCGCUAAAUGGUUCACAGGAGAGCUCAAAACCUGCCACGAACUGGAACUCUGACAAGUAGACUCGGUCGGGAAGAGAAACCAAGCUGUUCGAUACAGAAUGAGAAGGAUCUCUUCGGGGUUGGGAAUGUAGUUUGAGUUUUAGAGGCGAGGCUUUUUCUAGUACUGAAGAAGCUUGGCCUGAAAUAAGUAUUCUUACAAAUAAGCAUUUUUGUUCGUCUUGUGCACUGUGUAUUUAAUCGUUGCUGGCUAUGCUUUAAUUUAUUUAUUUAUGUAUAUAUAUAUAUAUAUAACUAUUAAUAUUUAUUUGGAUUUAGACCAACUUUGUCCAGCCCUAAUGCACUGGCAACGUAUUUGAAAGUCUUUGUGUUGUAUGUUGAUGUAAUAUUUUAUUUAUUAAAAGAAGCAGUAGUAAUCUGUCUAUUCAGUAAAUGAGUACAGAACAAUGGUAGACUGAAAAUCAAAAUAACAGUAUAUUAUAAUGGUAUGCGAUUUUCUUUUUAUAUUUCUGAUGCAUUUAAUGAAGAGAAUUUUUAGAAUUAUUAUUAUAUGUUUUUUGAUGUUCAGGACAGUGUUAGAAUGUAUAUUUCAGCAAACUUUAAGAAAAGUCAUAUUUCAAGCAUUUUUCCUUUUUUUUUUUUUUUUUUCCAUAGAAAGUUUUUUUUUUUUUUUUUUUUUUUUUUUUUUUGGCCAGUAAAAUGCUUACACUGUAACUGAACAGUGUUCCUAAUAAGAAAUGUGAAUUAUUAGUUCAUUUUCUGUUUAUUUAAUUUCAGCAUCCUGCUCUGUAAGACACAGUAGUGGUUUUCUAAUGUUCUCAUUGUAUGUAUGGAGUAUUUUUAAAAUGCUCAGACAAAAAAUUAAGGCAAAAAAUAAAUUUGAUAUAAAAAACCAA